GAACUGUCCGUUGCGUGUGCGCAGGUUUGCUAAAACAGCCUCAGUUGCCUUCAAAUCACCGCGCUAGUCGCUCGUGCCUCACUUUGGAGCGACUCAAAAACCGCGAGUGAUUUAAAAAAAGAAAUCCAAAUAAGGAUUCGUAAUUCGAAAAUAUUCCUUUUUUGAGUUUUAAAAAUUAUUCGUCGUUCGCAUCAUUUACAGCGAAGGCAUAACGGAUCAGUAAUUCAACCAUACAAUGCAGGGGAGCCUUUCAUGACAAACGAGUAGAAGUUUUCUGUGCAAGUAGUACCUUAAACAAACAGAAGAUGGCGCUUUUCAAUAAUUCAUUCUCAAGAACUUACCAUCACUUAUUUGUCGAAUUAGCUGAUCCCAGAACAAACGACUGGUUUCUGAUAAAGGAUCCGUUGCCCGGUCUCACUAUCAUCGGCCUGUACCUAUACUUCUCGUUGAAAUGGGGGCCGAGGUACAUGGCAGACAAGAAACCCUUCCAAUUACAGAAGACUUUAGUCAUUUAUAAUUUUAUACAAGUCGUCGUUAGCGUAUGGUUGUUCCAUGAGGGCCUCGACGCGGGCUGGUUGAGGACUUAUAGUUGGAAAUGUCAACCGGUUGACUUCUCAAGAACGCCGGAGGGUAUGAGAGUUGCUAGAGGGGUCUACAUAUACUUCCUGGCGAAAAUGUCUGAACUCCUCGACACGAUUUUCUUCGUCAUCAGGAAAAAAGAUAGACAGAUCACUUUCCUCCAUAUGUACCAUCAUACUGUGAUGCCAAUGAUAUCCUGGGGAGCCACCAAGUACUACCCUGGAGGUCAUGGCACUUUGAUCGGAGUUAUCAACUCCUUCGUUCACAUUAUUAUGUACACCUACUACAUGUUCUCAGCUAUGGGACCCCAGUUCCAAAGGUACCUGUUCUGGAAGAAAUACAUCACUACACUGCAAAUGCUCCAGUUCUGCAUCGCCUUCCUCCACUCCGCGCAGCUGCUCUUCUACGACUGCGGCUACCCUCGUUGGUCCGUCGUCUUCACUCUACCUAACUCCAUCUUCUUCUACUACCUCUUCUACGAUUUCUAUUACAAGGCGUAUGGCAAACCUACCAAGAAGGGAGAUGACAAGAAAACAGAUGCAAAAGAAAUAAAGAGCAAUGGCCAUGCGAAUGGCAAACAUGUUGCCAAUGGAACUGCCAAUGGAACCGCUAAUGGAACCGCUAAUGGCAAAAAGAUAGCCAAUGGCAAGAAGGUUGAAUAAAUAACUCCAACAUUGACAUGUAAAUAUUUUUAUUGUUUAAUACCAAUACCAAUUUUAGUUGUAGCUAAUUUUGAAUAUUGAUUAAUUUUAAAGGAUAUCCAAGUAACGAAUGAUGAACAAAUUCAUGAUCAAAAUCAUUUUCUUUAACCGUUACUGGAUUAGUGA